AUGGGACGCGGUGUGCCGGUGAGAUACAUGCUCCCUGACUGCGCUGCCGCCAAUUGUCCUGACUGGUGGAACAGAUCAACGGACCCUGGCCGCGACGCCUCUUUGAAGCCUACCUCCUCAGCCCCCGGUGGCCGACUUUCAACCAGGUCAAGGCUCAACACGCCAGGCGGACUUGUUGUCAAGCCUGUUCGGCCCCAUUCCAAGAGCAAUUGGUCCUGCCUGCCCCUGCUACCCGUGCCGUGGAGUGAUUACGCCUUUUUGCCAUGUUGCCCCGUGGCGUUGCGGUCGCUAAUGUUUCGUUGGCCGGACGGACUCGGCGUCUUGCAGUACGAACGUCCGGGUCCCAAGGCUAGAUGA